UGUGUGUGUGACAGGAUGACGAUUAUUUAUUUAUUGGCUUUAUUAUUGAUUUUCUCUAAUGGAAUUAAUGGAAUCAAUGGGAAUCGGAAGAAGCCAAACAUUAUUAUGAUUUUGGCUGAUGAUUUGGGUUUCAACGAUGUUAGUUUUCAUGGAAGCGAUGAAAUCGCAACACCAAACAUUGACGCCCUGGCUUACAACGGUGUCAUUUUGAACAACCACUACACCCAAGCGAUGUGCACCCCUUCAAGGGCCGCCCUUUUAACAGGAAAAUACCCCAUACGCUUAGGCAUGCAACACUUAGUGAUUUUGGAACCGGAACCGUCAGGAUUGCCGCUAAACGAAACUUUGCUGCCGCAAUAUUUGAAAAAACAAGGCUACGUCACUAGGGCUGUAGGCAAGUGGCAUUUGGGCUUUUUCAAAAACGAAUAUACGCCUGUUUAUCGAGGAUUCGACAGCCAUUACGGGUACUAUCAAGGGUUUAUCGACUAUUACGAUCAUAUAAAUAAAGCAUCGCAAACUGGCGAGUACGGUUACGAUUUCCACCGGAAUUUAACAGUGGAUUGGGAUGCCAAAGGCAAAUACACCACAACUUUAUUAACAGAAGAAGCUGUGAAACUUAUUGAGCAGCACAACACGGAAAACCCCAUGUUUUUGUACUUGUCCCAUUUGGCUCCGCACGCAGGCAAUGACUGGAACCCCCUAGAAGCACCCGACGAGGAAAUUGCGAAAUUCGCACACAUACGAGAUCCUGAGCGAAGAAUCUAUGCCGCUAUAGUGUCUCUGCUGGAUAAAAGCGUGGGAGAAGUGGUAAAAGCUUUGAGAAAUAGGGAUAUGCUUGAAAAUUCCAUAAUUGUAUUUAUUUCGGAUAAUGGUGCGCCUACAGAUGGUCAGCAUGCCAAUCAUGGAUCAAAUUAUCCGCUUAGAGGGAUAAAACAAACAGUUUUUGAAGGAGCUCACCGAAACGUCGCUGUAAUGUGGAGCCCUCUCAUCAAAAACCUAAAAAGGGUCUCCAAUAAUCUAAUGCACAUAACCGAUUGGCUACCAACCCUAAUUUCAGCAGCAGGUCUAGACACAAAACUACCCUCUAACCUGGACGGUUUAGACCAAUGGAAAUCCAUAUCCGAAGGCCAAGAAUCACCCAGAUCCGAGAUCCUAUACAACAUCGACGAAGUUUUCAACUUCGGAGCCUACAGACAAGGAAUUUGGAAGUACCUUUACGGUACCACUUUCAAUGGAGAACACGACCAAUGGUACGGAAGCAUUGGUAAGGAUCCUACCUACAAAUACAACUUGGACAAAGUACUUGAAAGCCCUGUAGCAGUUGCCCUAACAGCCCUAGCAACUUACAAACAAAUUCAAGACAAAAAUAACUUAACUGUUUUAAAUACAAUCGAUAUCCAAAGACUUAGAAGCGAAGCCACAAUUACCUGCAACAAAUCAAAAAUAAUCAAAUGCCAACCCCAAAUAAAGCCUUGUCUUUUUAAUUUAGCUGAUGACCCAUGCGAAAUGCUUAACUUAGCAUCACAAAGGCCUUUCAUAUUGAAAAACUUGCAGUUGGAAAUUGAAAAAUUCAAAAAAUCAGCUCGCACACCUAUUAACAAACCAAGAGACAUUAACGCUGAUCCUGCUAAGCACAAUGGGACCUGGAUACCUUGGCAAAGUAUUCCAGAAAAUUACGGGAAAAAAGAGCUGAGUAAAAUGGGAUUGUUUGCAGGAAUGGGUUUCGUUGUAGUCCUAAUAGGACUGGUUGUUUUGGGGUUGAAUAAAUUGAAAUUGAGUAGGGUUUACGAGCCUGCUCCCAGGAAAAAUGAGGAAAUUGAAUCGAGUUGAUGAGGUUUUCUUAUAUUAUAGGGAAAUAUUGUAUUUGUGUCUUAUAGAUACGUGAUUAAAUUAAUUUGAAAAUGUUUUGCUCGAUAUUUAUUAGCAUAAACAACUAUCUAUGCACCAAAAAAAUUCAAUAUUAUUAAUUAAUAUUGUCAAGUUCAUGGUUUUAUAUGGAUGUCAGUUAAUUCUUCAUGAUGGUAUUAAAAUUAUUUAAAAAAUUA